GACAAAUGUCAAAACGUACAGUUUGAAAGUCGUUUUUCCUGUUUCGUUAUCGUUGUUAUAAAAAUAUUUUCUAAUUUACGUGUAUAAGUUGUGGAAUAUAAGGGUUUCCACAAUGGAUCUCAACCUGAUGGACAAGCUGCGGCUUCUGAAGCUCGACACGGAGCUCCGGCCAGAGAUCAAGAUGAAGCCGAUGAGCCGCUACUACUUCAUCACCUCCACCAACCCUGGAGAGCAAUUCUUCGUGUUCGCCUCCACUGCCGCCUGGCUCAUCAGGAAGACUGGCAGGACCUUCGAGCAACCCCACGAGGAAGACGACCCCAACUCUACCAUAGCCACUAUCCUUGACAUACUCAGAGAGAAAGGAGUAGCAGUCGACUUCUCCUCACACAAACUCAAACAAGGCUACGGCGAGCAAGUCUGCUACAUUCUGAACGUGCUCACCGACGAAGCCAUGAAGAAAGAAAACUUCGAAUGGCUCAAACCAAAAGUAGAUCUACCAGAUGAAGGCGAAACCGUCGAUGACGUCGAUCAAGUGGAGGAUGAAACUGAGAUUAUAUUAGACAAAGUCGAAGAGGAAAUGGCGAUUUAUUCCGAAGAGUCUGAAGGGGAGUUCCAGAAUGCCGACGAUAAGGAUAGCAAUGUAGGGAGUAAAGUUCACGAUUGGGAAGCAUGGAAGUUGGAACUAGAAAGGGUGGCACCAGCUUUGAGACUGAAGAUAUCAGCAGAUGGAAGGGACUGGCGCGCGAGACAUGCGCAAAUGCGCAGUUAUAGAGACGAGUUAUUUGAAAGGUACAAAAUGACUGGAGCUCAGUUGAACAAACUUCACAGUAGCAUAAGUUCGAUCAUGGACAAAGUGACAGCUCGAGAGAACAUCUUGAACGAACAAUUUGAGCCUCUAGUCAAAGAAUACGGCGGACUUCUAGACGAACUGAACAAAGUUACGAAUGAAUAUAAGGAAGUAAGCGUUGGGGUGACAGAGCGGCAAGAGUUGCUUAACGAACUGACGGCUAAAGUUGAGAAUAUCAAGCAAAGGACAGAAUCCAGGGGCUCGUCCAUGAACGACAAUUCUCCUUUAGUGACAGCAAAGAAAGCGGUGGCGAACCUGAAGAAGGAGAUACAGGAGAUGGAUUUCCAGAUCAUAGUGUUGCUUUGGCUUCUGACGACCAAGGAGAACCCUAACAGCAACAACUACUUGGCCAAUGCUGAGUCCAGGAUGGUCGCCAGUGAAGCUUAUUAAGACUAAAAAUAAACUAUAGUCCAUUAAUAGAAAGAUAGUAGGAUAUAAAGAUAGUAGGAUAUACAGAGAGUGUUGUAUAUUAGAAAAAUGUACUUAUUGUUAAUUUUAACAUGAUUUAUUACAUUAAAUACAUUACGU